AUGAAAGGCAUAACAGCAAAGAUUCAGAUGGACCCGCAGAUCAUCCCAGUAUAUCAGCCGAUGCGACGAAUUCCGAUACCAUUAGAGGAAGCGGUUGAUCGGAAGAUGGAUGUAUUGCUAAAGCGGGACAUAAUUGAGAUAAAGACAGGACCUACUACAUGGGUUUCACCGUUGGUUGUAGUCGGGAAAUCAAAUGGUGAGCCUCGUUUGUGUAUCGACCUGCGAAGAGUCAACGAAGCGGUGUUAAGAGAACAUCAUCCGAUGCCUUCAGUGGAUGAUUACUUGGCCAAGCUAGGACGUGGGCGACUGUGGAGCAAACUCGACAUCAAGGAAGCAUUCCUUCAGAUCGAGCUAGACGAGGACUCGCGGGACGUGACAACCUUCAUAACUCGACGGGGUUUGUAUCGUUUCAAACGUCUGCCAUUCGGUUUGGUAACAGCUCCAGAGUUGUUUCAAAAGGCAAUGGAUGAGACCCUAUCCGGCUGCGAAGGAACCGUUUGGUAUCUUGAUGAUGUGCUCGUUGAAGGUCGAAAUUUGCAGGAGCACGAUGAACGGUUGAAUAAGGUAAUGUAA